UGCCAUCUCUCCCUAAUCCUAGUACGGUCGUACCAUUCGCGAAACCGUGGACGACAAAGAAGCGGAGAAAAGUGGCGGCGCGUUCUCGUUGGGAGGGAAUCGACGGGAUCAGUGGCCGGUGAAGGAGAGUUACAUCCGCCCAGUGCCCUAAUUUGGUUUAUCCGGGAUACAAGAUACGGCGGGGGGGGAACGGGGUUUAAGAUUCUGCCGGACAGUCAUUUUUCAUUUUUGUUGUUUAGCAGAAUUUAGGUUAAAUCCUUCUUGAAAGAUUGCCUCCUCAUUCCGUCUUACAUUAUGAGUAGUUUUGAGCCCUUCAACAGGCUGGUGAGGCUCGCGGCUCGGGCCUUCUACGAUGACAUUACCAUGAAGGGCGAUAACCAACCAAAGACCGGGAGGGGCGAUAACAGGGGAAUGACAGUGGUUGUCCUUGAUGCGCUCACCAGGCGCCAAUGGGUUAGAGAGGAAGAUUUGGCUAAGGCUUUGAAGUUGCAUUCUAAACAACUUCGACGGACAUUGAGGUUUUUUGAAGAAGAGAAGUUAGUCACGAGAGAACACAGGAAAGAGACUGCCAAGGGAGUGAAAAUAUAUAAUGCUGCAGUUGCUGCUACUGCUGAUGGUCAGCAACCUGUUAAAGAGGGUGAUGAGAAGAAUAAGAUGCAUACCCACUCUUACUGUUGCUUGGAUUAUGCGCAGAUACAUGAUGUCGUAAGGUAUCGGUUGCAUCGGAUGAAGAAGAAGUUGAAGGAUGAAUUGGACAGUAGGAAUACCAUUCAGCAGUAUAUAUGCCCUAAUUGUGGGAGAAGAUAUUCGGCUUUUGAUGCACUGCAACUUGUAAGCAUGACUGAUGAGUAUUUUCACUGCGAAGGCUGUAAUGGUGAACUUAUUGCUGAGAGUGACAAACUUGCUGCUGAUGAAAUGGGAGAUGGAGAUGAUAAUGCCAGGAGGCGACGAAGAGAAAAGUUAAAAGAUAUGCUUCAAAAGAUGGAGGAGCAGUUGAAGCCCUUGAUGUUGCAGCUUGCACGAGUAAAGGACUUGGCCGUACCAGAAUUUGGAGGACUCUUAGCAUGGGAAGCAAGAGUGCAUGCAGCUGCUCGUGUUACAGGUGAUUCUAAUGCCAACGACUCUACCAAGUCUUCUCAGGGGCAAGGAUAUGGUGGAACACCUAUGCCAUUUCUCGGUGAAACUAGGGUUGAGGUUGCACUAUCUGGUAUGGAUGUAAAAGAAGAGGGCACUGAACCUGAUACAAAAUCUGCAAGCGUUAAAGUCUUACCUCCCUGGAUGAUCAAGCAAGGAAUGGUUCUCACGAAAGAACAAAGAGGAGAAGUUAAACAUGAUAUGAAGUCAGAUCAGAGUUCAUAUGCUAUUGAUGAGAAGAAGCCAGGUGUUGAGAAGGAAGAUGAAAAGAACUUACAGGAUGAGUAUUUCAAGGCUUACUAUGCUGCUCUGGCCAAGAGACAGGAAGAACAGGAAGCUGCAUCCAGAAGAUUGCGAGAAGAAGCAGAGAAGUACAAGGCAUCAACAUCUGACCUUUCCAAUGGCAUCUUUGAAGCACCUUAUGAGCGGCAAGUUGGUAUGAAAUCAAAACGGGCAGAUGAUGAAAAUGAUGAUGUUGAUUGGGAAGAGGCUGUUCCUACAGGCAACACUGGCGAAACUUUCAAGCUUGCUGAUCUGAAUGCCCAGCCCGAAGCAUCCGGCGAUGACGAAGACGACAUAGAUUGGGAGGAAGGCUGACUUUGCUGUAAAUAAUAUGAUUUGGAUGGAAGAUGAAGUCAAAGAGUUUCUCCUGAGUUUUCUUCAUUCAUAGAUUGCCCAGGAAAACAUGAGAACUCUAUCAAUGUGUUGAUCAUUCAUAUUAGCUUUAGAGAAAUGAUGGUGCAGAACUGCUGUUCAACAACUUUUUUUGGGGGUUCUGUCUCUUUUUUUGUUUUUUUCAUGAUUAUUCUUAUGAUUUUUAUGCCUGCAGAAUCCUCUUGUCCUUUGAUAGAAUAUUAUUGAGCUGAGCUCUAAUGUUGGUUGCUUGUAUUUAAAAUAAAUUUUGUUAUAAACUCAACAGUCUUGAUUAUGGAAAGUAUUCUCCUCACAAGUA